GCCUGGGUGUGGUCUUUGCAGUCGGGGUACCGUUAGCAGGAAAUCAAGCUCGAGCCGUUUCACUCUUAAGGCGAAACAAAGAAAAAAAAACACUCGCACGCGCGUAACGUUGAAAAUAGUUCUCCGUUUGUCGAGCGAAAAGUCACGUUCGUGUCCUCGCGACGGGAAGGCGUUCGAUCGGCGCCGUUGUUCUGAUGGGAAAAAGUUUUCUGCUGGUCUCGCUCACUGCUGAUCCCAUUUAAUAACUUCUUUCUUCUAUAAAAACCGGAACCGGACCUAAAAGAAAGCAAAGAUGCCGAAGACGAUUAGUGUAAGAGUCACUACAAUGGAUGCUGAACUGGAAUUCGCCAUUCAGCCAAAUACAACAGGAAAGCAACUCUUUGACCAGGUUGUUAAGACCAUUGGGCUGCGAGAAGUUUGGUACUUUGGACUCCAAUACCAGGAUACAAAGGGUUUCUCGACAUGGCUCAAGCUCAAUAAGAAGGUGACAGCCCAGGAUGUGAGGAAGGAAAGCCCGCUGCUGUUUAAGUUCCGUGCCAAGUUCUUCCCUGAGGAUGUGACAGAGGAGUUAAUCCAGGACGCCACACAGCGGCUGUUCUUCCUGCAGGUGAAAGAAGGAAUCUUAAAUGAUGACAUCUAUUGCCCUCCAGAGACAGCAGUCCUCCUGGCCUCCUACGCAGUGCAGGCCAAGUAUGCUGACUACAACAAGGAAGUCCACACGCCAGGCUAUCUGUCCAGCGAACAGCUGCUCCCUCAGAGAGUUCUGGACCAGCACAAACUCAACAAGGACCAGUGGGAGGAGAGGAUCCAAGUGUGGCACGAGGAACACAAGAGCAUGAUGAGAGAGGAGUCCAUGAUGGAGUAUCUGAAGAUCGCUCAAGAUCUGGAGAUGUACGGAGUCAACUACUUCAACAUCAAGAAUAAGAAGGGAACAGAACUGUGGUUGGGCGUGGACGCUUUGGGGCUCAACAUCUAUGAACAGAAUGACAAAAUGACACCGAAAAUUGGAUUUCCUUGGAGUGAAAUCAGGAACAUUUCCUUUAAUGACAAGAAGUUUGUCAUUAAACCGAUUGACAAGAAAGCACCUGACUUUGUAUUCUAUGCUCCAAGACUGCGCAUCAACAAGCGAAUCCUGGCUCUUUGCAUGGGCAACCAUGAGCUGUACAUGCGCCGCCGCAAACCGGACACCAUUGAAGUGCAGCAGAUGAAGGCUCAGGCUCGGGAGGAGAAGAAUCACAAGAAGAUGGAGAGAGCUCUGCUGGAGAAUGAAAAGAGGAAAAGAGAAGUUGCAGAAAAGGAAAAGGAAAAGAUUGAAAAGGAAAAGGAAGAAUUAAUGGAUAGGUUAAAGCAGAUCGAGGAGCAGACGAAAAAAGCCCAACAAGAGUUGGAGGAGCAAACGCAGAGGGCUCUGGAGUUGGAGCUGGAGAGGAAGAGCGCUCAGGAGGAGGCCGGACGUCUGGAGGCUGAUCUGAAGGGCGCUGAGGACGCCAAGACGGCGCUGCUGCAGCAGUCGGAGAACCAGAUGAAGAACCAAGAACACCUGGCGACAGAGUUGGCUGAUCUGACUUCGAAGAUUUCCCUCCUGGAGGAUGCCAAGAAGAAGAAGGAAGAAGAGGCAAUGCAGUGGCAAGAGAAGGCCACCACGGUGCAGGAGGACCUGGAGAAGACCAAAGAAGAGCUCAAAAACAAGGUGAUGGUGGCUCACGUUCAGGAGCCCGUCAACGCAGAGCACGAGGCCGACGAGAACGACGAGAGCAGCGCCGAGGCCAGCGCCGAGUUCGAAGCUGCUGUCGCGUACAAGGACCGCAGUGAGGAGGAGCGCAUGACCGAGGCUGAGAAGAACGAGCGUCUGCAGAAACAUCUACUCGCUUUGAGCUCAGAGUUGGCCAACGCUCGGGACGAGACCAAGAAAACAGUGAACGACAUGAUCCACGCAGAGAACAUGAAGGCAGGACGAGACAAGUACAAGACCCUCAGACAGAUCCGGUCGGGGAACACCAAACAGCGCAUUGACGAGUUCGAGUGCAUGUGAUGCCUGCACAUCCAGAUGCUAAAGCCCACACAGCUGGAUCUCUCUGCCUGGACUGCAGUCCUGCCUCACACAAGCUGUUUCCUCUGCACCCAAAAUAAAUCAGAUCCUCGACAUGACAUGGUUGCACAAGCACAGCACAAUGUACAAAUAUGGAUCUGGAAAACUCCAUUUGUUAUCAUUCCUAGCUUUGAAUUUAGGCAAGUCACUGGUUGAAAAAGGGACAAACUGUAUUUUACUGGUUUCAUUCCUCAUAAGGGGUUUAUGUAGCAUAUGAGUGAUGGGCUCACGCCUCAUUUCAUGACUCAUUGAGUGAGCAUUUUUAAUUUCUUUAUAUAUUUCUGUCACAUUUUUGUAUCAUGAUUUCAAAAUAAAAGGCUCACAGAACAAUCCAAAUUUCAGAUUGAAAAAUGUGCCCGCAGACAUAUUUCUGCUGUUCACAUGCAACUGGACGGUUAUAUUUCUCCAAUGAUCCGCUGCCCAUAGUUUUAAAACCAAAUGCAUUGUAAUCUGUCCAUGAAGUGCAUUAACAGAGCAGUAUUAUUUUUUUGCAAGUUCCCUUUAGAUUUACUUCCUGAUCAAUUGAGUGUAUUCUGAAUCUUCAAGCUGUUACAAAUCAUUCAGUAUUAACGCCCCACUCAAGAGGUGAUAUUAAAGAUCAAUUUAAUUAAAAUCUUUUGUCUGAUUUUACAUUUCUGAACAUCUUCAAGUCAGUUUGCAAUUACAAGGCUUUAGUGUAAAUGUUGCUGUAUUUUGUCAGUGCCAUCAUCUAUUCAACUCAGCAUUCAAUAAAAUAAAAACUGAUAUUUGAAGUUGAUUUUACUGUA